AUGAAUAAUAUAUAAGUUAAGGGGGAACAAUUAUUUAAAUGUAAGACUCUAUUUAUUUAAAUUUAUAGAGACCAUACAAAAGAAGAAUUUUUAGAUCGUUUACUACUUUAGGAUCGUCUAUAUGUAUACUACUAUUAUUUAUAAUUUAGAAACUUCAUCUUAAAAUACCUUAAAAUUUGGUUGAUUAAGCAAUUUUUGUAAAGCUUUUGAAAUUACAUUAACUAAUAAAAAUGAAGAUUUCUAUGUAAUCAAAGAAUCUAUUUUCUAAAUGGAAAGUAAAAUUAAUAUAUUUUAAAUAUUAGAUAUCAAGAGUGAAAGUGAUUUCUUUAAUAUUUUGAGAAGGUCAUUUUUGAAAUAAUCUCCUGAUGCUCAUUAUAUUUCAAUUUUAAGCGUGCUUGCAUUGGUUUUUAAAGGAAUUUCAUUAGAUGACAUUGUUAAUAUAUGUAAUUGUGAUAAAGAACAUAUUUAAAAUAUUUUUGAUGAAGAAAUUAUAGAUUUAUUGUAUUUAAAGUAUACAAUUUAAAAAUGCAUUAAUUCAAUACUUACCAUCUAACAAGUAAUUGUAUCAUUAAUUUAUUACAACAAUGGAACACUCUUAGAAUAACAUAAGAAAAUUAAAGGAAUUAAUAUAUUAAUAUACAAGAACAAAAAGAUAUUUUAAAUUAAGGGAGGUCUUAAUAAAUGUUGAGAAUUUUCUAAUGAUUUGGAGACCAAAUCACAAAUUUGAAUUAUGUCACUUAUGGGAACAGAAUGGUUAUGAUUUGGUUAUGGAAUAUAGAAAAUUUUUAAGCUCUUUCUAAACCUACAAAUGAAGGUUUAUUUUAUAUAAUGUUAUAAAUUUGUAGAUUUAGUAAUUUUGAAAAGUAUUUUAUUUAUAUCUAAAUUAUACAAGUGAUCAUACUCCCCCUUACAAACAUCCAGAAUUAAGAGGAUAAUCGAUUGAAAUAGCUAAAAAGAAAACUAAGUUAAUGAAUAAAGAUUAUUCUCCUUAAUAAUAAGGUAAUAUUGAAAGUUUAAAUAUGGUUAUCAAAGCUAAUAGAGAUUAUUUUAUAAAUUAUUACAUAAGCUAAUUUGAUUAAAAUCUAGUUUAAGAAUAUAUGAAUAAAUUUUAGAUAAAAUAAUAACAAAUACAAGAAAUUAAUAAAAUUAUUAUUACAAAAGAUGGAUAUGGGUUUAAUUUCCUUGGUUGGCAUUGACUUAAAAAACAAUUAUUCAAAAUUAAUGGACUAUUAUAAUACAAAUAAUAUUCCGAUGUCUGAAGAGUUACAAAUAGUUAGAAAGCUAUAAAAUUAGCUUUGAUAGCCAAACAAACCAAAUAGAUGAUAAUUGUAAUUGCCUUAUUAUUUACGUAUUUCAGCUUCUAAACUUCCCUCUAUCAAUUCAAACAUCAGAUUGAGAUAGUUUUGUCCUUUAUAUACAACAAGAAAUAUAAAUAUUUUAAAACCAGAGCUGAACACAAUAAAACAGAGAGGAGUAUCAAAAAGAUUUCAUUGCCUAGUUUAUAGAAAAUUUAAUUCUAUAAAAAAUUAGACUAGAUUAUGUAUUAGUAGUAACUUCAUAAUUGACUAACAUUAGUUAGUUAAAAAAUAGAUUGAAAGAUUAUUCAACAAUAAGAUAGAAUAUGUAUCUUGAUGAAGUAAAUAGUGAAACAUAAAAAACUUUAGAAAUUACUAAUUGGCUUCAAGAUGAAUUAAAAAAAUAAUAAGAAAAUUUAUCAAUUGUCUAAUUAGAAAUGAAACAAAUGAAUAUCGUAUAGAAAUUCUGUUAAUGAAGAUAGAGCUUAAAAAUUAUUUAAGCAUUUUAAAAAUCUAGAUAAAUUAAUUGCUGAAUAAAUUACCAUAAUAACAGAAUUAUCAGAGAAAGUGAUAUAUAUUAAAUAAAAAUCUAAAAUAGAAACCAAAAAGGCCUAUUAAGAAAAAAAACAACUUUAACAUUAAUUAGAGGCAUCCAGGAGGUUAACCUAUUUUUAAAAUAUACCACCUUCUCCAGGUAUGAUUUUAAAUAUAGAAAAUUCUUAUUUUUUAGAUACAAAUAAGAAACAUUAAAAUUUGUAGUAAAUUAAUGCCAUUCAUUCUCAUAAUGAAAUAUACAACAGAGGAAACAAAAUCAAGAUAAAGUUUUUUCGAUUAAAAUCAGAAAAGGUAGAAGAGAAUAUUUUAAAAGGAGUGAAUUACAAUUUGCAUACCUAAGAUCUACUUAACCAACUGACAGAUUUGGAAAGUGGAUCGAAUUCUGUGAUAAAAUUUUGA